ACAUAAAACAACAAUGAUCCACAUCGUCCUCGAUCACAAAUCUCAUUCAACCAGCUCGACUCGUCAUUGUGGCACGAUAGCUGGAGGGGGAAAAAAGUGACUUCUAGGCCGUCUUGGUCUUCAUCCUUCUCAAUACUCACUCACUUCUCACUCCUCAGUCUAAGGGCAAGUCCGUAUGCGCUUGGCCCAGUUAUCGAGUCAGCCGCCUCGCAAUUGCCAGUGCGCCCGUCGCACCUUUGCUGCAGGAUACAGAGGAGAUGACCUCAUCCAAGUUGUAGUCCUCCACUUUCUCCGGCACCCUUCCUACCUUUCUACCCUUAGUCACCCAUCAUCAUAUAUCCUGCCAUGAGCGCUUCACGGCCGGUAUGCCGCGCCCUUCGAGCUGCACAGAGAAUACGCCCCUUGUCGGCGGCAGCGCCAAGGCGCCCGUCUUUCUUCACCAACCUUCACCUCCGGCGCUAUUCCGCAGUCUCUGCCGCCGAGCUGCAGUUCGGGCAGCCGGUGCAUGAGACUCACCCUCACAUUCUUGAGGCCGGCGAGAUCACACCCGGCGUCACGGCUCGGGAAUACUGGGAACGUCGCGCCCGGCUUGCCGAGAAGCUUCCGGACAAUGGCGUCGCCGUCCUCGUCGCCGCCGACCUCAAAUAUCGAUCUGGCGCCGUCUUCUUCCCUUACCGCCAAGAAUCCAACUUCCUCUACCUCACCGGCUGGAACGAGAGCGAUUCAGUUGCCGUCAUUCAGAAAACCGGCAAAGGCUUUGGUGACUUUAUCUUUCACCUCUUCACGAAGCCAAAGGAUCCCGUCGCUGAGCAGUGGAUGGGGCCCCGCAACGGUGUCCAGGCCGCUGUCGACAUAUUCAACGCCGACAAGGCCGCCGACAUCGCCAAGAUCGACCGUCACCUGCCUGAGAUCCUCAAGGGUGCCAGUCGCGUCUAUGCCGACAUCGAGAAACCGCGACAGGGCGAGCAGGAAGGCAAGCUCUGGCAGUUGAUGAAGGCCGACAAGUCCUGGUUUCCCUCGGCUAAGCUGCCUCUGUACCCCCUCGUCAACUCUCUGAGAGCCAUCAAGUCCCCGGCCGAGGUCACCAAUAUGCGCCGCGCCGGCCAGAUCUCGGGCCGCGUCAUCACCGACGCCAUGCGGAGAUCGUGGACCCGAGAGAAGGACCUACAUGCUUUCCUCGACUACCGCUUCACUGCCGACGGCUGCGAUGGCCCGGCCUACGUCCCCGUCGUCGCUGGCGGCCAGAACGGCCUCUGCAUUCACUACGUUGUAAAUAACAACGUCCUCCGCGACGGCGAGAUGGUCCUCGUCGACGCCGGCGGCGAGUACGGUACCUACAUCACCGAUAUUUCCCGUACCUGGCCCGUGAACGGCAAGUUCACGCCGGCUCAGAGAGACCUCUAUGAAGCUGUGCUCACGGUCCAGCGCUCUAGCAUCUCGCUGUGCCGGGAGAACGCCAACCUCUCUCUAGACGACAUCCAUGACCACACCUCGGCAGGACUGCUCGAGCAGCUCAAGGGCCUGGGCUUCGACAUAACGACACGAGACAUAGACGUCUUAUUUCCCCACCACGUCGGUCACUAUGUCGGCUUGGAUGUCCACGAUGUGCCGGGCUACGGCAGAAGGACUCCCUUAAAGAAGGGUCACUGCGUGACUAUUGAGCCAGGAAUCUAUGUCCCAGACACGGACCGGUGGCCGGAACACUUCCGGGGCCUCGGCGUACGGAUCGAGGACAGCAUCUGUGUGGAUGAGGACUCGCCGUACAUCCUUACCACAGAGGCUGUUAAGGAGAUCGCCGAUAUUGAGGCUCUGAGAGACUGAAAAGGGCAAUGUACAACACUUGAAACCUGUAAAACAAUGUAUUCAUUGCUGUGACAUUAAGGUACAAUGCCAGAUUCAGUACUGACCAUCAGUCAAUUUUAUAAGAGAAUAUAAGGAUUUCUAGAUU